AUGACUCAAGCAAAUUUGUCAACCAUCUCAACUCAAUCCUCAAGCUCAUCCGCGACUAUUCCACCGCCUAAAGUGCUGCAGAUUAACCAAGCGAACCUUAAUAGCACGCUGCAAGCAAACGAUGUGGUAUUUAUCAACUUUUAUGCAGAUUGGUGUCACUUUAGUGGGCUGCUCUCGCCGAUCUUUGAAACAGCUGCUCAACGACUAGCUGAGGAUUUGCCUAGAUCGGCAAAAGUUGUCUUGGGACGCGUGGAUUGUGUGCAGGAAUUGCACCUAGCAAAACAUUAUGCCAUCAUCAAAUUUCCAACGUUGCGACUCUUUUAUCGCGGCCAUGAACUGCGGCAAGAAUAUCGUGGCAAGCGUUCAGUUGAGGCGCUUGUGGAGUACGUGAAGAAGCAGUUUCAGUUUGCGAUCAAACGAUUUAAUGAUAUGGAACAGCUGGAGAUGAUUGAUGUGAAGCGACGCUCGAUGAUUGGCUUCUUCGAUAAUCGCACCAAGCCCGAGUUUGCAGUCUUUGAGCAGCUGGCGGAGCGCUAUAAGCACGACUGUGACUUCUAUCAGCGAGUUGGACCUCCGCUUGUCAACGUGUCGUAUACGCAACAAAUGCCAACGUUAGUAUAUCGUCCCGAUACGGCGCGUACACAUGCCACGGAUGAGGUGUUUAAGGGAGAUAUGGCGAUUAAAGAUAAGGUAGAGGCGUGGCUGAAACAAAAAUGUUUGCCUUUGGUGCGUGAAGUGGACUUUAGCAACGUGGAGGAACUCAUUGAGCAGCGUUUGCCCCUGCUGGUGUUGUUUCAUCUGCCCAACGAUAUGAAUUCGGUGAAGGAUUUCAAGGCGAUUGUUGAAAUGCAAUUGUCGGAUUGCCGGCAAUUGAACUAUGUCACAGUGAAUGGCCUAAGAUUUCAGCAUUCUGUGCGUCACAUGGGCAAAACACAUCGCGAUUUGCCAAUUAUUGCCAUCGACUCGCUUAAACUUAUGUAUCCAUAUCCCAAAUUCAAGGAUAUGUAUAUACCAGGACAUCUCAGGCAGUUUGUCGAGUCAUUCAAUAAUCAAACAUUAAAGCACGAAUCGCUGUCGUCAAAUAGCACCGAGAUGCCAACGAAUUCGACGUUUAAACAUUUGGGACCCUCCAAGCAUCGCUAUAGUCUGAUCGCACACGAUGAGCUAUGA